GCCCUGCUGCUUUUUGUGUAAAAAAAGAAAGAAAAGAGGAAGUAUUAUGUUCUCGACUGUGCAUUUUGAACAGCACAGCAGCCCAGACCAAUUAUAAAAUGGACCAUGUUGGAAUUCACAAGUUAUUCACACCCAUGUGAGCGACGCCCUCAACCCUCAACAAUGGGUCCAGUGUGAUGUCACAGGAGCAUGGAGAGUCAACUGGAGGUGACAGUCAUCCUUACAGAGUGCAGCGGUCAUCUUCAGGCCCCGCUAGGAUAAGCAGGGCGGUCCUGGGUGGAGGAUUAACCAUCAACACCCUGCCAGACAACUUGACACGCGUAGUGGGGGAUUCUGGGAAGUAUUACACAUGGCGUAGCUUUGGCCCAGAAGACCAGCGCACAGAGGAACUAUGGGUAGACAUGAGUGAUGUCCGGCAUGGCCAAGUGAGAGUCCAUGGCCUUCUGUCAAACUCAUACAAACAGGCUGUGAGGGUUGCCCUGUCGUUUGACUUUCCUUUUUACGGACAUUACCUGAGGCAGAUCACCAUAGCAACUGGAGGGUUUAUCUUCACAGGAGAUAUUACUCACCGCAUGCUGACUGCAACGCAGUACAUCGCCCCUCUAAUGGCUAAUUUUGACCCCAGCUACUCUAAAGAAUCCACUGUGCAAUACCUGGAUAAUGGUGAGGUGUUUGUGGUCCAGUGGGAGCGGGUCAGGCUCCCUGGAAAGGAGUCAGAAGGGGCCUUUACGUUUCAGGCUGCACUUUACAAAACAGGAGCCAUUACGUUCAGCUAUCGAGAUAUCCCUCUGUCAUUAGAUGGGAUUGGUUCAGCUGAGCAUCCAGUGAAGGCCGGUUUGUCUGAUGCCUUCAUGGUCACGCAACCUUCUCCUCAGUCGCCAGAUGCCCAACAGCGGACGAUUUAUGAGUACCAUCGGGUUGAGACAGACUCGACAAAGAUAACCAGCUUCUCUGCUGUUGAGUUCACUCCACUGCCUACCUGCCUGCAGCAUGACAGCUGCGAGCUCUGCCUCUCAUCCAACCAAACCUCCGGUUGUAGCUGGUGCAACGUACUCCAGAGGUGUUCAGAUGGCAUGGAUCGACACAGGCAAGAAUGGUUGGACUACGCCUGCUCAGAAGAGAGCAAAAAUGCAACCUGUGAGGAUUACUCCAGAGGUGACAGCUCCACUGGUUCCUCUACCACACCAGAAAUGGAGGACGUGUCCUCAUGGACUCUACAAAAUGGUUGUGACGGUGAGGAUGAGACCAAAGGCCAUAUAUUUAACACUGGCAAUGACGUGAGGACAGAUUCUUCAACCAAGAGUGAGGGGUUGGCCAACACAGGAGUGAUAGCCGGUAUAGCAGCUGCGCUGGUGUUACUUUUGGCUCUGAUACUGGUAGCACUUUACAUCAACUACCAUCCUACUGCUGCAUCACCACUUUACCUCAUCCAGCGACGCAAGAACUACUGGCCGUCUUUGAAGUUUCAGAAGCAACACCCGGGUUACACAGAAGUGGAAGGAGAAGGUCAUGAAAAAGACAACAUUGUCGAAGCUGGGCCAUGUUGAAAUGAUGGAUGUACACCUGGAUACAUGUUUGCAUUGAACUGAUUUCAAAUAUAUGCAUUUGUCCAAAGCUAUUUGUCCAUGUUUCCGUUGCAAAAAGAUGCAACAGUUUGCGUAGAUAAAAGCUGAAUGUUAUAUGAUAUUGAAUGGUUUCAUUGGAAUUGUAUAUCUCUGCUGUAAUAAUGGGUUUCAUUUCACCUUCAUUUUUAAACAUUAUCUAAUUUGACUGCAAUGAAUUGGGCAAUGCAUGGCACAAAGUUGGCAACCUUAGAUAAAAC